AUGGCAGCUCUGCACACACCAGGGAUCGUUCCUCCCAUUGCUCUCCCUGUUCCCAGACAGUCCCCACAAACCACAUCCCCUCGUGGCAUUGCCUUUGCUGCCAGCAAACACCUCAAAAUCCCCUUCCCUUGGGGACCAGCCAACCCGGGGUGGGGGGAGAGGGAGGACAAUAGUGUGGGGGGUGCCCAAACCAGACACCGCCUGACAGUGUCAGGCCAAGCUCCUCCUGAGUCCUCCUCCCCGGCUGUGAUGGAGCAUGAGGUCACUUUGGACGUGGCUCAGGACACACUGCCAGAGGCAGCGCGUGUCCAGGAAGUCAGUAACCACCGCGGGUUUGCAGGCCCGGGACCCAUCACACUCCGUGAGCUGCACACAGGGCUGUUCCCUGCACGGCUCCUGCUGCUUGGAUUGCCUGGGCAGGGAGAGGGCUGGGGCACAGAAACCCAGGCUCCAGAGGGUACAGUUGCUGGGAGGCCUAGUUUCCCAGUGCUGCUGGGCCGCAACGAGCUGCGCCAGCCCGUGCUGCGGGUGGUGGGCGGCAGCGGCGCGGCAGCAACGGCGGUGCUGAGCUUCGCGCUAAGCUGGGACGCCGUGCGGCUCUUCACGCGGUUCGCGGGCGAGGGGCGGGCGACGGGGCGGGUGGGGCCGGGCGGCGCGCAGGUCCUGCUCUCCGACUGCCCCUCGGACGCGCUGCGCCGCUUCCUCCGCCUCCUGCGGCUCAAGAUGGCCGCCGGGUUGCGGGGCCUGGCGCAGCCCCCGCGCCUGGUGGAGCGGCCGCCGGCGUCCUUCGCCGUGAUCAGCCCGGUGCAGGAGCGGGACCUGCUGCGCAACCCCGGCCCCCGCCGCGGCUGCGGGACGGGGCGGGGGGAGCGCCCCGCCGAGGUGAGUCCCGGGGCGAGGGGCGGCCCCGGUACCGGGCCCGGGUUCGGGCGCUGCCCUCACAGCGCACCGCUCCUGUCUGUCCCGCAGGUGCCCCGCGCCGAGAGGCGGCCCCCGGCGCGGCUGUCGGUGGAGCAGGAGGCGGUGCUGGGAGCCACUGGGAAGUCCUUCCUGCUGAAGAGGAUCGUGGGCUCCCUCCCUCCGAAUGUCACCUAUGCCACAGCCAGCACGGGAGUGGCCGCUUGCCACAUCGGUGGCACCACUCUCCAUACCUUUGCAGCUUUGCUUUCUUCUCCCCUGCCAGGGAUCGGCUCUGGGAAGGCAUUUGAAGUGCACACGUUUGAGGCUUUGGAUAGUGACCCAAUGCUGGUGAAGUUAAUUGAUGCUCAGUGUCCUGUGGGUGGUAGAGUUGAGCUGAAGCUUGGAGCUCAGGUGAUGCUAGCAAAGAAUCUGGAUGUGUCUCAAGGGCUGGUGAACGGGGCACGAGGCGUUGUUAUAGGAUUUGAAAGUGAACAGAAGGGGCUGCCUAAGGUGAGGUUUCUCUGUGGGGUCACACAGGUCAUAAGCGUGGAGAAAUGGGUCUUCAAAGGACCAUGAGGAGUUCACCUGAGUCAUCAACAGCUGCCUUUAAAAUUGGCAUGGGCCAUUUCCAUUCACAAGAGUCAGGGCAUGUCUUUAGAUUGUGUGGAAAUCUCCCUGUCUCGUGUCUUUGAAAGUGGGCAGGCUUACGUAGCCCUCUCCCACCGUAGCCUUGCAGGUCUCCGUGUUCUGGAUUUUGACCCAAAAGUAGUGAGAGCUGAUCCUUCUGUGCUGCAGUUCUAUAGACAGCUGAGACGUCAUCAGCUUUUAACCCAGGAUUCACUACACACCUAUUCAGAUGCUGAUGAGAAGGAGAAUGUGAAAUGCAGCUGAUAAUACUCUCCUGGUUUCUGUGAAGUGUCAGCACAGACUCCUGAGAUG